ACUAUUGCAUAUACUUUUGAGUUGUCUUCUCUAGUUUUCAGAGCUUGAAAAGUUUGGUAUAAUGGCACCUGCACCUUCUGAGUUUCAUCACACAUCGAACACAGUUUGUGUAAUGGACGCCUCCGGCCACCUGGGCUCCACCCUCGUCCACCGUCUUCUCCAAAGAGGCUACACCGUCCACGCUGCUGUUCAAAACCAUGGUUUAGGUGAUUGGAAAUUGAAUAAACUUUGUGGCGAUGAUAACAAGAAGCUGAAGAUUUUUAACGCGGACCCAUUUGAUUAUCUCAGCAUCGUUGAAGCUUUGAGAGGUUGUUCCGGUUUGUUUUACACGUUUGAGCCUCCACAAGAUCAAACCACAUAUUUUGAAUUCACGGCGGAAGAGGAAGUAAGAGCGGCUCACAAUGUGCUAGAAGCCUGUGCACAAACAGAAACAAUCGACAAAGUCGUAUUCACAUCUUCAGCAACUGCUAUUUUCUGGAGAGACGACCACAAUUCAGAUUUCGAUGAAAGACAUUGGAGUGAUGUUAACUUUUGUCGCAAAUACAAGUUGUGGUAUGGCCUGGCAAAGACGCUGGCAGAGAAGACGGCGUGGGCGUUGGCUAUGGACAGGGGAUUGAACAUAGUGAGUAUCAAUGGAGGAUUGUUGAUGAGUCCCGAUUUGUCCAUAAAGAAUCCGUAUUUGAAAGGAGCAGCCGAGAUGUAUGAAGAUGGAGUAUUUGUGACAGUCGAUAUAAAUUUUUUGGUUGACUCUCACAUAUGUGUUUUCGAAGAUGUUUCAUCGUAUGGGCGAUAUUUAUGCUUCAAUAGUGUGGUUAAUCACCCUGAAGAUGCCUUCAAGCUGGCUUCCAUGUUAACACCUUCUGCGCCUUCGUUACCUCCAAGCAGCUACGAGCAAGAGACGAGGAUAAUCCAACCCAGGAUAAGCAGCAAGAAAUUGAACAAGUUGAUGAUGGAGUUCGAGAGUCGAUCCCAGAGAUGAUGAAUUGAAAUGCAUGUAUG